UUACCUUUCAUUUCUAUACUUUUCUUUGUUGGUUCCUUUCACACUCCUCUUUCACUCUCUUUCUUGCAAACUCAAAUCUCUCUCUCUCUCUCUCUCUCUCUCUCUCUCUAAAACUGUUAUUAGUUACACUAUAUACCUCUCUAGAGUGGUGUUGAGAAAUGAAGGUUUUGUUUUUAGUCAUUUGAGAUAUCAUCAUAUGGAGAAGAAAGAGAUGGGUGUGAAAAGUGAGGAUAUUAAUAUCGAUUCCUCAUCUUUGCUAAACAGUUAUCAAUUUUCAAGUGUCUUUGAUUUCUGUGAGGUAGAAAAAAGCUCUUCUUUAGGGUUUAUGGAGUUACUUGGUGUUCAGGAUUAUAGUCCUCUGCUUGAUGUACCUCAACUAUCAACCAUGUCUAUGAAAACAACUACAGUCAUGGCUUCAUCUGAUACUGGAAAAGACUCUUCUGAAGUUUUGAACCAGCAACAACCUGCAACUCCUAACUCUUGUUCGAUUUCAUCGGCAUCUAGUGAAGCCAUCAAUGAUAACAAGACUUUUUUUAAACAAACUGAAGAUGAUGAAAGAGAUGAAGAAGAAAAGCAAAAGACCAACAAACAGUUGAAGACGAAGAAAACAAAUCAAAAGAAACAGAGAGAACCAAGAUUUGCGUUCAUGACAAAAAGCGAGGUUGAUCAUCUAGAAGAUGGUUAUAGAUGGAGAAAGUACGGUCAAAAAGCUGUCAAAAACAGCCCCUUUCCAAGGAGUUACUAUCGUUGCACCACUGUGUCAUGUAAUGUGAAGAAACGUGUGGAACGUUCUUUUACUGAUCCAAGUAUUGUAGUUACAACUUAUGAAGGCCAACAUACUCAUCCAAGUCCAGCUAUGUCGCGUUCCGCCUUUGUCGGAGCUCAAAUAGCACCACCGGCCGGUUUAGUUUCCGGUGGAUUUCCUACUAACUACGGCUCAUUUUCGCAAGGGACUUAUUUAUCAUCAUCACAGUAUCAUCAGCAACAAUUACUUGCUAAUACAUUUUCCUCAUUGAAUCAUCCUUAUAACAAUUCUUCAGCUUUUAUUCAAGACAGGAAGCUUUGUAAUCAAGGGACAACAACUGCUGCUGCAUUUCUUAGGGAUCAUGGACUUCUUCAAGAUGUUGUUCCUUCACAUAUGUUGAAAGAAGAGUAGAUAUGAUUUGAUAAAAUAACUUCAUUAUUAUUAGUACUACUUUCCUAUAUAUGUAAUUUCUUUAUUUCUUUCUUUUUUUAGUAUUUUCUUGCUGACUUUUUUUUUCUAUAAGACUUAGGUAACAACUAUGUAAUUUGUCUUCCUGAUAUGACUGAUAGGUGGUGAUAUUAGUGAUGAUCAUACUUGUAAAGCCCACUUUAUCUUUUUGCAUGUAGCCCACAUCAUGAUUAUUACUGUACCAUGAUGGAUCAUGAUCCAAUGGAGGGUCUCUAGCUGUUGAUCUGC